UAGAAAUCGCACCGCCAACAUUAGCGGAAGCUCUAAGUUUGAGUAUCGUGUUAGUCGCGAAUGUAGAGCAUACGUGAGAGUGAUUAAUUGGCAGUCUCUGAGGAAGUCCAGUGCGUGCAAAUCUGUGAAUCGUGCCAAUUACCUGGGUAUCCGCUUUGAGACAAAUGGACCUGCAGAUCUACGACUUGCAAGUCAAUCAGUCGCCCAACACACCCGAAAUGAUGUGAGAGAAGUUGCGGAGGAGGGACUAUGUAAUUGAUAUCUUUCGCUUAAGUUCUCGGAAGUGAUAAGGUGUUGUUGACAUACUCAAUUUGGGAAUCUCAGGCUAAGAUUGCAGUGAAUUUGUAAAUAAUUGCAAACCACAUAAGGAAAGCAAUGGGAGAGUAGAAGGCUAAAACGCUGAGGAAGAAUCAUCUGAAUCAUGACUCAUCAUCAAUUCCAGCGCAGAAAAAUUCUCACCGUCAUCCUGUUCUUCUAUCAUGUUGGUGUGCAAAAUGUCCUAGCAAGCAUAUCGUCCUCACUGAUCCACUCUAAACUUACGUCCAGCAAUGGUUUCUUCACGGGACCGCAUCUCGAUGGACACGGUAUCUUUAAUGUCACCACUCAAAUUGGCACUCAUGCCUACCUUCCCUGCAAGGUGAAGCAACUGGGCAACAAAUCAGUGUCAUGGGUUCGUGUCCGGGAUGAUCACAUUCUCGCCGUUGACAGGGUAAAAUUCAUAGCUGAUGAGCGAUUUCAGUCAUUCUAUGUGGAUCAAACAGGGUUUUGGACUCUUCAAAUUAAAUAUGUGCAAGCGAGGGAUGCGGGACUAUACGAGUGUCAAAUAUCGACAGAACCAAAAAUCAGUGCACGGGUUCACCUGCACGUUGUAGUUCCUCGUACAGAGCUUGUGGGUGACCCAGAUCGCUACGUGAAGGCCGGCAGUACAGUGAUCAUCCGGUGCAUUGUGCGUGGAGCCCUGGAGCCACCUUCCUACAUAAUCUGGUACCAUGGAAGUCACCAGCUAUUCACUGAAAAUCGUCACGGUUGGCGCUCCCAAAUAGAUCGAGGCACCCCCGAUGUGGAUGGAGAUAUUCAUAGCACGAUCGGAUCAUUAAUCAUCGAAAGUGCAAAGAAACGAGAUUCCGGCAAUUACUCGUGUAGCCCAUCAAAUAGUCCUCCAGUUACAGUAACUCUGCACGUAAUUAAUGGAGAGUCUUCAGCCUCUGCAGUAACAUCAUCUGCAUCAUCGUGUAUGGAGAAUUUGUCAACGGCUUUAACGCUAACGCUUAUGCUAAUGCUCUCAGUGACGUAA